AUGGCUCUCAAGCGCAUUAACAAGGAACUCACUGAUCUCGGCCGAGACCCGCCCUCUUCCUGCUCAGCCGGUCCCGUGGGUGAAGAUUUGUUCCACUGGCAAGCUACUAUUAUGGGACCCAGCGAUUCCCCAUACUCCGGUGGUGUCUUCUUCCUCGCCAUUCACUUCCCUACCGACUACCCCUUCAAGCCUCCCAAGGUCAACUUCACAACUCGCAUCUACCACCCGAAUAUCAACUCGAAUGGUAGCAUCUGCCUAGACAUUCUGCGAGACCAGUGGAGCCCGGCGUUGACAAUUUCCAAAGACCCCAACCCCGACGACCCUCUUGUUCCCGAGAUUGCGCACGUGUACAAGACGGACCGACCACGAUACGAGGCUACGGCCCGCGAGUGGACGCGCAAGUAUGCCGUCUAA